GCUCAUUUAUCAUCACAAUGGUAGACAACUUGUUUAUUCUUCUAUGUUUGCAGGGGAGAAGAACAAGUGUUUCUCAACAUUGUCUGAUGGAUUCUUUAGAUUGUUGUUGUCCUUCUUAGUCGGAGUCGGAGCUAGUAGUGGCACUACCGCUCAGGGUUUCCCUACGUUCAUCAUGUGAGUGUUCAUUCGGGCUGUUGGAAACUCAGUUGUAACGUAUAAUUGAGACUUCCUGCAUUAGUGUAGUAACACUUGUAUUUGUAUUCAUUGAAAAAAUGGCUAGUGCUGACGAAGCAGCUGGUGCUGGGAGCGGCGCGCAGUUGCUGGUACCACCUGCUUUUCCACGAAAGCUAUGGAUAUCGUCUCGCUUACCUGGAGGUCUACGCAUUACUUAAGAGUCCAAAAUCCAUAAGCAAAAUUCCUAUUCCUAUCCCAAAAUCAGCCUCCUGCUCCGCAGAACGGCCCAGCCCAGGCAAGCAAUGCCUUAUCCGCCUCCGUGACCACCAAAAGAAGUCCUGGCUAUGUGGGCAGCACCGCUUUGCCAGGUGCAAAUAGCAAGAAAAUGCUACCCUACGUGUCCUUCGGACGAGUGUCGGAUUACUCAAUACUUGCAGCUUGUGGCGAUUCGACACCUGAAUGCGACGCUAUCUUUUCAAAGCUGCUGCAGGCGGCUAAGUACUAUUUAAAUGUAUUGUAGGAGCAAACUGAAGGAUGACGAUUCAAUUUCGACGUUGGAUGAAUGUGAUUUCAAAGGGGACACCGGAAGCAGCUGAUAUUUGUAAGGUCUAGGAAUGUGAUUUGAUAGGUGACACCGGAAGCAGCUGAUAUUUGUAAGGUCUAGGAAUGUGGUUUGAUAGGUGACACCGGAAGCAGCUGAUAUUUGUAAGGGGUUGCUUAUCUCUAUAUGAUGAUGACUUCUACUAAUUCUGGGACACUAGUAGAGAGACCUAGUACCUAUACCGAUUCCGAUAGAAGAACCAACAACGGCAGGUGGAAGAUGGCUCCCGGGAAGCGACUAAGGCUGCAAUGGAGUGCAGGUGCCGUCUGUUGUCUCCUCGACGGACGAGGAGAAAUUCUCUACAUUCUUGUAACGGCCACGGUGGAGUAUCCAGAGAGACUGGCGUUUCAGCUUUUGAACACGGUAGCUGAUUUCGUACAGGAUUAUCUGCCUCCGGAGCAACUGAAUACCCUGCCACCAUUCGUUGAUAACGGAGCGAUUAGUUAUGCAAGAAGCUAUCGAGUUGUGCAAGAAGCUAUAGAGUUGUGCCAGAAGCUAUAGAGUUGUGCAAGAAGCUAUAGAGUUGUGCAAGAAGCUAUAGAGUUGUGCAAGAAGUUAGAGUGAUAAGACGUCACCUCAGAUACAGAGUCUUUCUUACCUUGAUAUAGACUCUUUCUUAUAACUUUUACUUGAUCUUUCCUUAAGUUACUCUUAACUCGCCUAUUCACUUCUAUCACAGCUAGACUGCUCCUCUCUAAUCCCAUCCGCUUGUCCACGACACAGUGCGUAA